AUGGGAAAGAAAAGACGUGGUCCCACGCUGGACGAGGUCAUGGCCCGACCAUGGUGCUACUACUGCGAGCGCGACUUCGACGACCUCAAGAUCCUCAUUUCGCAUCAGAAAGCCAAACACUUCAAAUGUGAGCGAUGCGGGCGCAGACUCAAUACCGCAGGAGGAUUAUCGGUGCACAUGAGCCAAGUCCACAAGGAACAAUUGACCGAGGUCGAGAAUGCGCUGCCCAACCGAGCUGGCCUCGAGGUGGAAAUCUUUGGCAUGGAGGGUAUGCCGGACGACGUGCUCAUGGCGCACCAGCAGCGCGUGGCGGCUCAGUUCCACCAGGCUGAGGUGGAGCGUCAGGCUGCUACGGGUAACCCCCCGGCUGGCGUCAGUGCUGGCGGGCAACCAGCGAAGAGACCGAAGCUGGAGAACCCAUCGGAUCUCAAGAAGCGAUUGGCCGAGCAUAGGGCGAAGCGUCAGGAGGCCAUUGCUGGAGGGAGCAGCGGCGAGGGGACCCCUAUUGGUGCUGGGCAGGCUGCGCCGUCACCGGGAGGAUAUUUUGAAAACAGGGACAAUCACCUCAAGCCGCGGCCGUGCCCGCACCCGUUCAGCAAUAUCCCUACCAACAGGCCGCUAGCCCGGUAUACCCGACCUUCCCACCGACCGGUGCUCCCGGCCAGCCUCCGGCGCCUGGUUAUGGAGCGACACCUCCACCCCUUCCCCCAGCAACAACCACCACCAGUCCAAAUUCAAUCACCGCCCAAUUCAUCAGCCUUCCCACCGCGACCCGGCAGUUUACCUCCCGCAUCCAACCUGCCCCAGCGCCCCGCCUUCGGGGCACCUACAGUCAACGCGCAGCAGAUGCAACAAUUGCACAUGGGCCAGACCAUCCCGUCGGGCUAUGCAAACGGUGACGUAGCUCACAAGCCAGAGGUAUCAUCGUCCGUGGACGCCCUGGUCUCCGGCGCCGCCACCGAAGCCGCAGCCGCCAAAACGGCCGAGUCGACCGAAAAACCAGCAAAGAAGGACAAGUCCAAGCAGACGCGGAUGAUAUACUCCGACGAGACAAUCAGCCCGGAGGAAAAGAUGGCACGCCUGCCCCGAUAUUCAUUCGUUCCCAACCGCAAGAAUACCGUCCUUGGAGAGCUCCCGGCCGCCGUGGUCACGGGCGCGAUCCGCGAUUCGGACACGGUGAUCGACCCGACCCAUUGA